UGUGUUGUGUUGAUUUCUAGAAAGAGGAGGAAAAGAAGACUUGACGUUUGGAAUAACCUAAGCAGCCUUCUCAGUCAUAUUGUGUCUGUUUCAGCCCUUAAUUCAAAAGUGAAAGAAAUCGGUGGCAACGUCUGAAUCAGUCAAUGGGAAAAAUCUAACAAUGUUUAGCUUUGAGGGAGAUUUCAAGACAAGACCCAAGGUAUCUCUUGGAGGAGCCAGCAAGAAGGAGGAGAAAGCAUCUCUGCUGCACCGCACUCAAGAGGAAAGACGGAAAAGAGAGGAUGAAAGAAAAAGACUGAAGAAUGCCAUCAUCAUUCAGUCCUACAUACGUGGCUACCAGGACUUGAAACAACAAUAUGCCAUUCAGAGGGCUAAGUUUGACGAGUGUGUCAGUCAGACACAGGCAGGGGGAGCUCAACAUGUCUUGGAUGGUGCUGGUCUCUGCCUCUUAUCAAGAAGACUCAUAUUUUUCUACAGACAGAGUGUGGAUGCACAUAGAUUGAUAUGGCUGUGCCAGAACCUGGUGAAACACAACAGUCAGUUUGUAAAGCUGUUGGUGGGCCCACAGAAGCAGACAUGUAUGUUUCAGAUCAAGAGGAUCUUAGGCUUCUGCUGCAGGAUCCUUCAGAACUGCAUGGACGACAGUUUAAAUGUUGCAGUUCCCAUGCGCAUGCUAGAAAUCUUUUCUUCAGAGAGAACCUAUCUUCCCGUUAUUCCAGAUGCUAACUAUGUAGCUUCAUUACUCGAGCAGAUUUUGCACUAUAUGGUACAGAAAGGAUACUACAGGUCGCUGUAUAUUCUUGUAAAUCACAGGCUCCCUUCCAGUCUGGAGUACAAUGAUGCUCCCUCUAUCCCUCUGGCAAGCACACUGUUGGAGCACAUCCUCAAACCUCUGCACUUUACCUACUCCUCCUGCACAACGGGCGCAAGGCAGUUUGUAUUUGCGGCUUUUACCGAGGAGUUCAUUUCUGCGCCGUUUACCGAGCAGAUCUUUCACUUCUUCAUCCCGGCACUGUCGGACUUCCGUCACUCAUUCCCAUUCGAGGCCUUUCUGAGCUCCCUCCAGGCCACGAUUGACUCUUCUUCAGCAGCACAGAGCCAGGCACCGUGGCUGUUUUAUUUUGUCCUCUCUGCAGGAGAGAACUGCUUAGGCUCACUAUCAGAGGAGGGUCUCCUGCUGUACCUCCGGGCUCUGCAGACGCUGCUGCCACUGCUGCCAGUGUCAGAAAGCAGCAGCAGGCCAGAAGUGAGCAGCGACUCAGAGGAUGAUGAUGAUGCUGGCAUCCAUCCCCUACCCAUGCAGGAUGACACUCGGAUUUCUGUGCAGCUGAUAACAGAGGAGUGUGUCCACAAGCUGGACACCAAGCAGCAGACUAACGCCCUGCUGAACCUGGUGUGGCGGGAUUCAGCCAGUGAGGAGGUUUUCACCAUGAUGGCAUCCAUCUGUCACACACUCAUGGUGCAGCAUCGCCUCAUGGUGCCAAAAGUCAGACUUUUGUACAGUUUAGCUUUCAAUGCACGUUUCCUGAGGCAUCUCUGGCACCUGAUAACUUCCAUGACAACUAAAAUGAUCACUGGCUCUAUGGUGCCGCUGCUACAGCUGAUCUCACGAGGGUCUCCCAUGUCAUUCGAGGACUCCAACCGCAUCAUCCCCCUCUUCUAUCUCUUCAGCUCUCUCUUCAGUCACUCUCUUAUCUCCGUGCAUGACAGCGAGUUUUUUGGGCAUGAAAUGGAAGGUCAGACACAGUCCUCCAUGAUGCCCUUCACACUGUCAGAGCUGGUGACUUUGUCUCGCUGUCUGAGAGAUGCAUGCCUGGGUAUCAUCAAGUUGGCCUACCCGGAGACCAAAACAGAGCACAGAGAGGAGUACAUGGCUGCCUUCCGCAGCGUGGGCGUCAAGACCAACACCGCGGUUCAGCAGCGUAUCCAGGCUGAGCAGAAGCGCUGGGUACAGCUCUUCAAGGUCAUCACUAACUUGGUGAAGAUGGUGAAAGCUCGCGACAUCAGACGACCCUUCUGUCCAGCAGGUCACUGGCUCUCUGAGGAGGUCAACAUCAGAGCUGAUAAGGUCACCCAGCUGUACGUCCCAUCUGCGAGACAUGUGUGGAGAGCACGAAGGAUGGGCCGCAUCGGGCCACUUCAGUCAACACUUGACGUUGGUUCAGAGCCUCCACAGCUGUCCGUGUCCGAAGAGAGACAUCUGGCUAUCCUCACAGAGCUCCCUUUUGUAGUUCCCUUCGAGGAGCGGGUGAAGAUCUUCCAGAGGUUAAUCUAUGCUGACAAACGGGACGUGCAAGGGGACGGGCCAUUCCCUGAUGGCAUCAAUGUCACCAUCAGACGCAACUACAUCUAUGAAGACGCCUACGAUAAACUCUCUCCAGAAAACGAACCCGACCUAAAGAAAAGGAUCAGAGUCCAUCUGCUGAACGCUCAUGGUCUAGAUGAGGCGGGCAUUGACGGUGGCGGCAUCUUUCGGGAGUUCCUCAACGAACUCCUGAAGUCGGGCUUUAACCCCAACCAGGGCUUCUUCAAGACAACCAACGAGGGCCUGUUGUAUCCCAGUCCUGCUGCCGAGAUGCUGGUGGGAGACUCCUUCACGAGACACUACUAUUUUCUGGGCAGGAUCCUCGGAAAGGCGCUGUAUGAGAACAUGCUGGUAGAGUUGCCCUUUGCCAGUUUCUUCCUCUCCAAACUUCUGGGAACCAGCGCAGAUGUGGACAUCCACCACCUGGCCUCACUGGACCCAGAGAUGUACCGGAACCUUCUCUUCCUCAAGAGCUACGAGGGCGACGUGGAGGAGCUGGGCCUCAACUUCACUGUGGUCAACAACGAUCUGGGAGAAGCUCAGGUGGUCGAACUGAAGCCGGGAGGCAAAGACAUUCCUGUGACCACAGCAAACCGGAUAGCCUACAUCCAUUUGGUGGCUGACUACAGACUGAACAAGCAGAUCAGGCCUCACUGUCUGGCCUUCAGACAGGGUCUGGCCAAUGUGGUCAACCUCGAGUGGCUGCGUAUGUUUGACCAGCAGGAGAUCCAGGUGCUGAUAUCUGGGGCUCAUGUGCCAAUUUGUCUUGAUGACUUAAAAAACUUCACAAACUACUCAGGUGGGUACUCAGCCACUCACCCUGUCAUCCAGAUCUUCUGGGAGGUGGUUGAAGGAUUUACAGAUGAAGAAAAGCGCAAGCUGCUGAAAUUUGUCACCAGCUGCUCCAGGCCACCUCUGCUGGGCUUCAAGGAGCUUUACCCGGCCUUCUGCAUUCACAACGGCGGCUCUGACCUGGAACGCCUGCCCACCGCCAGCACCUGCAUGAACCUGCUCAAGCUCCCCGAGUUCUGCGACCAGCACCUGAUGAGGAACAAGCUGCUGUACGCCAUCGAGUCCUCUGCCGGGUUCGAGCUGAGCUGAGCAGGGCGAAGGCUUCUCUGUCUCUGCAUCCACGGACACGACGCCACAGAAUUGGCUUCGGAGUGAAAGACUUUUUAAAAAAAAAAAUGAAAAUAGACGAGGGAAAACAAAAUGAUGCACUGACCUGCCUGAUUUACUGUGUGUGUUUCUGUGUGUGUGUGUGUGUGUGUGUGCGUGUGCCAAGUUGAAGGUGAGUAAAUGCUCACCCACAGACUAAAGAAAAGGGGUGCAAGGAUGAAGUGGGGUAGGAAGCCUUUUUUAUGUUGCUUUUAAGUAAUUUAAAUAUUUAGUCACUUGUCAGAACACUUCAACAGAUACAAGUGAAUUUUGCAGGAAGUAUAAUGCGCUGAAACAAAAACAAGAGUAGCGUGUGCUCUCUUGUGUAGUCUAACAUGAACCGACAGUUAUUUUUCACCAAAGAUUAAGUGGCAUCGUGUUUAAAAAAAAAAAGAAGAAAAAAAGAAAAAGGCAAUAUAACAACAGGGGGACAGACUGUAGGACUCUAAAGCCACCUUGUGGUGUGCCAAGGGCUGCGGAGGCGGAGGAGCUUUUGUGUACAGCUAACAUGUAUUUUCAUGUAGAGGUCAUUGAAACUCCAGUUUUUGUGAUAUCUCAAAUUAUUAUUAUUACUAGUAUUAACUGUCAUGUCUGAUAACCAUACUGUAUGUGUGCACACAGGCCAUCUGAAGUGUAGAAAAUGACUUCUAUUGCUGGACUAAACUGGGGCAAAAGAUUAUAAGAUUAUGGUUUUGUGAAUAUGUAUAUGUUUACAACCGCUCUUGUAUUCUCUGUAUUUGUACAGGUUUGUUUUUCUUUCCUUUGUGUGACGAAUGGAGGCUUUAUGUUUUCACACAUGCCUUCUAAGGUGAACAAUCUCUUCCCUGGUCAGCACCUGAAAGUUUGCUCUUAGGAAGCAACAAUCGUGUCACGUGGAUAAGGCUUACAGAUGAUCAGUGUUCCAACAGGGUGAAAAAAAAACCAAGAGUGUAUGGAAAUGAAUAAAGCCACUUUUCUUUUUGCAGUUUCCUUCCAUAA